AUGGCGGCCACUGCGAAUGGACACACGAACGGCGUCAACGGUCACGCAGAGUCCGGCGGCUUCACGCGAUUCGCCGAUGUACCGGAUGUCAUUGAUAUCCCCGUUGGCACAGAUGGAGAGGUGGUCGACUUGAACCUGGAGGAAACACCCGAGGAUCCAUCAGAGCUGUGCGAUCUGCUCGAGAGUGAGAAUGCGGCGCGCAACUACUGGGUCACUAUCGCGCUCGCCUAUGUCAAGCAGGAUAGGUCAGAUGCGGCAGUCGAGAUUCUCAAACGAGCUCUGGAGGUGCGACAACAGGGACGAUCCGACGAGCGCCUCAGCAUUCUGGUAUGCCUUUGCUGGUUAUACCUCUGGAAGUGUCGCAAAGCUUCUCGUGUGCAGUCGACCCAGGACACCACACGCGAUGACCGGACGAAGGACCACUGGCUUAAAGCAGCCACGAGCACCCUAAACGAUGCAUCGCGAUUGAACCCAUCAUACCCUCCGCUGAUCUUGGUGCGAGGCGCACUCAACAUCCUGCGCGCAUCACUCCAGCAGGUCCAGGGGGAGAGGGUGGAGACAUUGAAGCAGGCCACGAGAAACUUCGAGGAUGCGUACAAAGCCUCCAAUGCAAAGAACCUGAUGGCCAUCAUGGGCAAGGCCAAGGUGCAAUACUCUCACGGCAAAUAUGCAGAGGCGUAUACUCUGUACCAGCAGGUGCUGGAGCGCGCGCCAGAGCUGAUCGACCCUGACCCUCGCAUCGGCAUUGGCUGCUGUCUGUGGCAGCUCGGACACAAGGAGAACGCGAAGGAGGCAUGGCAGCGCGCAUUGGCACUGAGCGAGGACUCGUCGAUCGCAAAUAUCAUGCUUGGCCUGCAUUAUCUGGACGAAAGCAAUCAUCUUAGUACCAGCGAUCCAGAGUUCGUGAAGAUCUACACGAAAGCCAUGACCGGAUACACACAAACAGCGUUCAAGAAGAACGGCUGGAAUGCCUUGGCAUGUGUGACCUUUGGAGGCUUCUUCCUUCUCCGCAAGAACUAUGCACAUGUUGAGCGGCUGGCAAGAAGAGCCAUCGAGCAAACGGAUUUGAACGCUAUUGCUAGCGAUGGCUGGUAUCUGCUUGCGAGGAUGGAACAUUAUCAAGGCGAUCUAGCGAAGGCGCAAGAUUACUACGGCAAAGCUGACCAAGCCCGUGGUGGUGACGAGAGAGGAUACUUGCCAGCAAAGUUUGGAGUUGCGCAACUCAAGACUCUGAUGCAAGAUUUCGACGGCGCGAAGUUCCGACUGGAGAAGAUCAUCACGACAAGCAAGAGCGUGGAAGCCAUGACACUGUUGGGUAUACUGCACGCAGAAGAUGUAUUCACGGCACAAGCCUCUGGCUCGAAAGAUGACAAGAGCGAUUCGCGAAAGAAAGCUGUUGCUCUUCUGGAGCAGGUACGCAUCGCGUGGAAAGAUGCGAAGAGGAAGAUCACACCAGACUCUAGCGUUUUGCUCAACUUGGCAAGACUGUACGAGUCGGACCAGCCGGAGAAAGCACUUGCUUGUUUGCAACAAGUCGAACAAAUGGAGAUGGAUGAGAUCUCGGAGGAAGAUCUUCCAGAAGAGCUGGAAGACGAAGAUGCAAUCCGUGAAGCCAAGCGGAAUAUGCUGAGCCCACAGCUUCUCAACAACAUCGCUUGCUUCUACUUCCAAGCAGACAAGCACUCCAUCGCAAGGGCGUACUUCCAGUCGGCGCUCAACUCUAGUGUGUCCAUCCAGCACAGAGACGAGUCAGUGGACACGGAUGCCCUGGUGUCGACCGUCAGCUACAACCUAGCUCGCACAUAUGAGGCAGCGGGUAUAGAAGAGGAAGCACAGAAAGUCUACACUAGCCUGCUGUCACGGCACCCCGACUACGUCGAUGCUAACACUCGCACGGCAUACCUCACGCUCCAGACUGAUCAAGAGAAGGGCGCCCAGGCGAUCAAGGCGUUGCUUGAGGCAGAUCCGUCUAACCUCGAGAUUCGUGCACUGUACGGCUGGUACCUCAAUAAGAACAAGAAGCGCACUCUGCAGCUCUCAGAGGACCAGGAGCAGCGUCACUACAAGCACACUCUGAUGACCUACGACAAGCAUGACAUCUACUCGCUGACAGGCAUGGGCAACCUGAACAUGGCAGUUGCGCGAGAGCUGCCCAGGGACACAGAUCAGCACAAGGAGCGCCGGACGAAGACCUACAUGCGAGCCGUUGAGUUCUUCGACAAAGUCUUGAUGCUGGAUCCGAAGAAUGCAUACGCUGCACAAGGCAUGGGCAUUGCCAUGGCAGAGGACAAGAAAGACACCAGCGCCGCCGUCAAGAUCUUCACUCAGCUUCGCGAGAGUAUCAAGGAUGCAUCUGUGCACAUCAACCUUGGCCAUGUCUUCUGCGAGCUCAAACAAUACAGUAAAUCCAUCGAGAACUAUGAGCUUGCGCUUCAAAAGUCAAGGCAGAAGGACCCUCAGAUCAUGGCUUGCCUCGGACGUGCUUGGCUACUACGCGGACGUGCAGAGCGAAAUCUCGAGCAUUUCCAGAUGAGCUUGGAUCUGUCGAAGCAAGCUUUGGAAACAGCUCCUGAUAACAUCAACUUCAGGUUCAACGUGGCUUUUGCGCAACAGACGCUCGCACAACAGAUGAUAUCACAGCCAGAGGCGAACAAGACACUAGAGGACGUGGAGAAGUCCAGCAAGGAUCUUGACAUCGCCAUCGAAUCGUUCCUCGAGAUCGCCAAGAGUCCGAAUCCACCCUUUCCUCGAGGCGAUAUCGAGCAGCGUGCUAAUAUGGGUCGCAAUACAAUGAAGCGCCAGUUAGCAUCGGCCAUCGAGCGGCAGGCAGAGUAUGAGCGCAAGAACGCGACGCGGAUCGAGGAAGCGCGCAAAAUGCGCGAAGAACAGGUUCGAAAACGCGAGGAAGAGAAGCGAGCUGCGCUCGAAAAGGCCGAAGAGCAGAAGCGUAAGAUUGAGGAGGAGCGUAGGCGCAUGAAGGAGGAGGAUGAUGCUCUGAUCGCGAAGAAGAUCGAAGAAGAGAAGGCUCGUGAAGAAGCCGACUACACGACGGAUGAGGACGGUAACCGCAAGAAGCGUGAGAAGAAGCCGAGGGAGAAGCGACAAAAGCGCAAGAAGAAGAACGAGGACACUGAUACUGAAGGUGAUGGUCUUGCGGACGGCACCGGCGACGAACGACCCAAGAAGAGCAAGAGCCGCCCUCGUUCUAGAGCCACGAGCACUCCUGCUAGUGAUGGUGAGCCGCGGCAGAAGAAGAAGAGGAGGCUCGAGCGCAAGGGUACUGCGGUGAAGAGUUCCAAGUACAAGAGCACGGAAAUGGUCGAGGAUUCUGAUGAGGACGAUGAUGCUGGCAUUCAGCCUGCAACGCAACGAUCUGAACAGGAAGAAACGCCAGCCGCCGAGACUCCAGCUCCUACCAGCACGCCCGGCGCACCAGACGAUAACAUGGAUGAUGAUGAUGAUGAUGAUGAUGAUGAGGAGGAGGAGGAGGAAGCUGCCGUGUCUCGACCUUCAAGACGGAACAAGCCAGCUCGUGUGCUCGAUGACGAUGACGAGGAUGAAGAGGCUCCUGCUGCCAACGGCGACACUUCGAUGGUCGACGAGACUGUAGGGGCUGCUGGGGACUCAGACCAUGGAGGUGACUAG